UUUUCAAACAUCGGCUUCAGUGGGAGUUUUGAAAUCCUAGUGCAUGUAAACCUCAGGAGUUACCUGUGAUGGUAUCAGUAGGGUGUGUCCAAGGAGGGGCGUGUUUAAGUUCAGAUCUCGAAAAUUCAAAAGUUUGUUCUCAGGCAAGUUGCCGUCGUGUUGCAAACCAUUGCUCAAAUCUUCUUGAUGCAGUGCUAAUAUUCAAAACGUGGUUCAUUCAAAGGCAAAGCGAUCUUCCAUCCACAACCUCUGAGAUAGAUAUUAAAUCCAAUGGUGAAGGUAGUAUCCUACCCUAUAAUAACAUGACUAAUGGUCAGCACCCAGUUUUACACAAUCAAAUAAAUCAACAUUCAAGUUAUAUUGAACGAGAUUGGGUGAUGAUGCAUGCUAAAAGAACAGAAGGUCAGUUAAAUCGUCUCCGAAAUUCGGUUGUGAGUAUGCGUGCUCAGCUUCAAGCUGGACUUCGCCAUAAACUAGAGUGUGAACAGUUGCGAAGGGAUUUGGAAAUGCACAAAGAUACAAUAUCUCACUAUCAGAAUAUCAUCAAUGAAGGUAAUCGGCUUCGCGAUGAUUUAAGAGAGGAACUAGUUCGUGUUCGAAAAGAAGCUGCUAUUGCUCGAUCACGGUUAACUUCAGCGACAACUCAACGUGCUGUCAACAGUCCAGUUACUAGUACCCCGCAUGCUCCUAAUCAUCAUCCCGUCGAUGAAGUCGAUAAAAUGGCUACAACAAUGAUGGUCAUGACCAAUCAUGCAGAGCAUAGUCAAUUACAUGAUCUACCGCCUCAAGAUACUAUAAUUCAAUUACGAACGCAAAUAGAACAUCGUAUUAGACUGUCCGAGUCUCUGAAAUCUGAAGUUAAAAACCUAAGAGAAACAAUAAGAGGAAUGCUUGAAAAGGAACUCGCUCAGUCUCAUAUUAUUGACUCAAUACGAACAGAAUUUAAAACCUUAAUUGAACCUUUUUGGCGUUUACUACAAAGGAAUUAUGAUUUAAAUCAAAUGAAAGUAUUAAAUGCAAUAUUAAAUAUCCACUGUAUAACACGAAUAGCCAAACUGCUUACUAUUCCGAUUCCUGACCAUGUAACUAUGGAAUUAUCUCAAUUCACUGACUGUGAUCCGGUUGUUGCAGAUAGCAAGUCUCAGAAGUUUAGUAGAAAAGCCUCAAAGUCAGUGAAUAAUUCUACCAUAGCUAAAUCACCGAAAAAAGAUUUUGACGAAUCGAAUGGAAACAUUCAUCUCAUUAAUUCUCUAGCUAAGCCUUCAACUGAUCGAAAAGCUUUUGAAGUGCAUAACAGUUCUAAUGAAACGUCUACAGUUAAAAGUGGCAAACUAUCUAUCGGUUCAAAUAAAGUGGAUUUAGAUGAACCUGGUCAAGAUGAAAUACUGAAAAAUGAUCCACCUUGUGAAAUAGAUAAAGUAGAAUUAAUGUCUGACUACUCAUCAAGUGAGAGUAGUAGGUGUGAUAGUUUGAAAUUUCCUGAUAUAUCUCCCUCCUCUUCUGAUCAUGAUGACGAUGGUGGUGGUGCUUUUAAUAAUAAUGACAAAAGUAAAAGUUCGAAUGGUAACAAUGAUGAUGACGAUAAUAAUACUGGUGAUGAUAAUAAAGAUUCACAAGAGUCUUCUAAAGAUAUAUUUGAGGAUCAAAAUGUAAUUAUUCAGUCUCCUCUUCGUCAAUCGAGCAUCACAACCGAUGAAUCAAAUGGUCUCAAGGGUAAAUCAGUAAAUAUUAGUUUACUGUCCUGUCAUGAAACUUCUAACAAUGAUUUUAAUUCCUCUGUGACUCUAAAAGAUAUUCAACCUGCUGAAAACACAGUUUCUGGCUUACAAUCAAAACAUGUUAAAAACAAUUCUCAGGUAAUAAAGGAAGAUCUAAUCAUUUCGGAAGUGUCGUCACAUGAAAAUGUUACGGAUAAUAAUAAAGGUGAAAAUGAAAUAAUCUGUUCUGAUUCAAAAACAUUAAACUCCUCUUGUAUUCCAAAAUCUUCCGAAAAAUCUCAUAAAAUGGUCACUCGAAGUAAAAUGAAAAAUGAUUCUCAAAUAAUUGACUGUUCACCGAAUACAUCAUCUUUUCACUCUAAUGAUAAUCUUUCAAUUAAUCUAUGUGAUAAAUCAUCAGGUUCCACAGCUAAAUUGAUUUUAGAGGAAACCUCAUAUUUGAAAACGUCAACUAAACCACUUGUACAUCUAAUAAAGAAAUUAGAAAAGCGCUCUAAAAUAAACGUAACUUUAGAUGAUAAUGUUCCCUCUCGUGUACUGACCUGUCCUUCGACGCUUUCUCGUGGUUCCAAUUGUCCUGCAUUAUCAUUAUCAUCAUCACUUAAUUCUGAUGUUCAACUCUUUUCAUUAUUAUCAGAUAAGUAUUCAUCUGAUAUUUUACAGUGGUGUGAUAGGCUGUGUUCAUCAUCUUUCUUGAGUGACAUUCCAAAAAUCUGUUCUAGUAGUCAAAUGUUAUCUACUUCGACUAAUUCUAAGACUCAGCUUCAAGUCCCCGUCAUUGUCGAAGCUCCCCAAACUCAUUCCAGUCCGAUAAUAAACAAACAACUAUGUAAGCUGAAUGAUGAUGAAAAAAUAAUUCGUAAAAGGAAGGUAACCAAUGAAUCCCAUUGCGGGAAAAAAAUAGUAUUAGAUGGUUUAUCCACUGAUUUGUCUUUACUGGAGGCUGCAAAUCAUCUGAAUACUGAUAAUACAAAACCAGAUCACCAAUAUGCCGAGAUAAAACAAAAAUGUAUUAAUUUCCUAUUAUCAACCAAAGAUUCAAUUAAAAAUGCGCCAACAGAUUUAUCUAGUGAAUUGAAACAAACGAAUAUGCCAAUGCAAAUUAUUCUAUCUUCACUAAAUACUAUUUUAACUUCAGUCAAUUAUUCAAAUUGUUCGUUACUUUUAAAAUCAAUGGAUGAGAAAUUUGUAUCUUUAUGUCAUGGUAUAAGUGUUGAUCAUCAAAUGGAAAUGUUGCAUUGCUAUCAACAAUCUACUCAAUGGUUACUUAAUACCUGUAAUAAAUUCACUGAAAUAACUCAAUAUUCGAUUGCUUGUAGUGUUAUUUUCAAAUUAUUAUCUACUAAUUUAGAUCUUGUUCAGGUAGAAUGGUCUAGACAAUUUUUAAUUCAAUAUCUGAGUCAUUUAUUUCAUCAAGCAUUUACACAACAAGAUUUUGCUUUAUAUUUAAUGCCACAUAUAAUAGAUAAUUGUUUAAUUGCAUUUCCUAAUUUAUGGUGUAAUGUGGAAUUGAUCAAAAAUGAUUUUGAAUUUCAUUCCCGUACUCCAGCGGUGGUUGAUAAUAAUGAUCACUUGUCAUUUUCUUACAUAACCACUACAUUAAAAACAUUAUUAGCUUGGCAGGAAGCACGGGAAGCACGAAAUGCCUGUUUAAAAUCUGAUGUUCAGUCUAAUUCUAACCAGGUAGCUGUUUACCGUAGACUUCGUCAAAAAGGUUGGCUACCCGCUAAAGCAUCCGAGUCUUCAACACCUAUUGAGAUGCAUAAUUUUGCAUUCUCUCAACAGACUCAUCGUAUUCGCUGUUUAUGUCUUGGACUGGUAGAUACAUGUUUAAAUGUGUGUCGUGAUCAUAUCACAGAUGAUUCUUCAACACAUGUGACGAUAUUGUCUAAGACGGUGGUUGAUUCAGAUAUUAUUUACUCUUUAAGAUUAAUUCUAUCUGCAAUGGCUUUUGUUGUUGGUGAAGAGGCAAUGAUCGGUUUCCAUGAUGAACAGCCUGCCAGUAUUUCUUCAAGAUCUAGAAAUCAUCAACGUACACGAAGAUAUCGGCAAGUGGAACGACACCGACAGCAUGGUUUGUUAGGUUGGCUUCUCACGGGUCGACUACUUCCAUGGUUAACAAAAUGUUUGAAAAUGAAAGAUUUAUUAUCAAACAAUGAUAUAUUGAAUCUUAUUAGUCGUUUAAGUUGUUUAAUUACAGAUAUCAUUAUCUAUGGUUCACAUUUAUUCAAAACUAAUAAUCCUGGGAAACAAUGUAAUUCAUUAAAACAAUUAUUAUUCGAUACUGGAAAUCAAUUUUUAAAUAUAUUAAAUCAUAAUAAAUCAAAGGAAAUUAUGAAUAAUAAAUUAUUAUUCAUCUAUAUAAUAUGUUCCAUUCGUUUAAUUGCUUUUAAUCCAAAAUUAAUUAUUCAGUUUAUUGGUAAAUUACCAUUGGAGUUAAUAAUUAAAUUUAUUGAACAAAUAAAUCAUAAUGAAUUAUUCUCUUAUUUAUGGCCAUCCUCAUCAUCAUCAUCAUCAUCAUUGUCAACAACAUCUUCUAUAACACAUUCAUUGAAAGAUCUAAUUGAACAAUCUAUUUCACUUGUAAAUAACAGUAGUAAUAAUAAUAAUAGUGAUGAUUCCGAUAUAUCUACUGAACUAUUACAACAAUAUAAUCAAACAUGUCAAAUAAUAUUAACUAAAUUAUCAUUGUAAAUCUCUAUUUGUUUAAAGAUAAUGAUUGAUUUAUUUGUACAUUUUUUUGUAUUUAUAAGUCUAUAGUUUUGUAAAUUUUUGAGUUUAGUCUUUGUACAUAAAAGAAAAAAAAAAGAACUAGUCAUAUUUUGUAUAGCAGGAGAUAAUAAAUAGAAAACAACUACAUAUUUGUACAUUCACAUUAUUUAUUUGUACUGGAUCUUACUUGCAAUAUGUACUUUUAUUGUUAUAUACAUUUAUUAAAAUUGAAAAAAUACACAAAUUGUCUUAUUGC